GUCAUAAACUUAGAACCGCGUGGUCCGUUGGACCGUACGCCACUAUUAAAUUAUCAUGUUCAAUCGUUGUGUUUUGAAUCAGGUGUUGUGUCAUGAAAUAUUGAUUUACGACAGUGUUUAAAUAGACGAUUUGACUGUUAUCACAGAACACUCCCAUAAACAAAUCGAAACAGAAAAUAACUUUGAAACUAUCAGCUUCGAAAUCCCUUUUUAUAGAUGGCAAUGAAGUUAUAAUUAACUCUAAUUCAUCCCGCUUUUCGAAUGCAAUUCAAUGAAAAUGGGACACAGCCAAUUUACCUACUUUCAUUUGCACUGUUAACGUGGCAUAGUCACUUAUUUUUAAACAUCGGCGUGAGAUCGAUCGAUAUACCCAAAUUCGUAAAACAAAAACAGGAAUAUAAGCAAACGGCAGGAAUGCAGCGAGUAUCGGUAUUUUAUUUACGUGAAAAGCACAGCGAUAUCCGUUGUGGUUCUAUUUUCGCACUUUAUCGUUUAUUACGGAGGCCAGAAGCGUGGCGCUGAGGGCGCCGCGCGCGAGAGUCGCCCGAGCCACUUUACCGCCUGAUAUUAUAUUCUAGAGCACGCCCGCCUUGCCUCGCUUCGCGCCAGAUAUUUUGAGUGUUGCUUCUAGCACCUAUGAAUUUAUCUAGUCUCAGUCACAUCACUCGCCCGGUGCAGCCGCCUGCAUCGUUAACAAAGGCCUAUCGCUGUCAAUACUCGGCUUACAAAGCUUAAAGCUAGCUCAUCUUAUUAAGUCAGAAUCCAUUCGAUAUAUAUUUUUUGUUUGUUUUUUGUUGCAAAUAGUUCUCAAUUAUGUUUAAAUAGCAGUUUUUGAAAUACCAAAACUAAAAUAUAUGAUACGUUUAUGUAUAUAUUUAUUUUAAUAAAUGUGUGAAUAUUUGUGGAAGAGCAAUUGAAUUUAAAUACCUAUAUAUGAAAUUAUUGGUUCACGAUAUCAACGUCUAUCAUCUAUGGUUAUAUUCACUUUUAAGCGCCGGCCAUUGUAUUGAGGUGAAAAGCUUUAACAACAAAGGCGACAGACCCCGCAGCAACUACCAUAUAGGUUCAUAGAGAAAUAAGGAAGGCAUCAUAUUAAAUUUUAAAUGGAAGAAAGUGAAGGCAUACGAGGAUGGGGAUGUACCCCUACUGGUGAUCCGCCACCAGCAGCUGUAGUAUCAAACGUAUCAAACCCACCAGUUGGUUGCUUGCCAAGAUGGGUCACUAGUGGCUGGAGACGAAAUACCUUAUACGGAAUCAUUAUAUUUCUAUUGAUACUCGUGUUUUUAAAUAUAGCGUUAACGCUGUGGAUUAUAAGUUCCUUAAAAUUGACCGCGAGAGGUAUAGGUCCAAUAACUAUAGUGAAGGAUGGCAUCCGUCUAGAUGGACAAGCGUGGGUGGUUGACAAUCUCAUCGCUUCGACUAUAUCGUCCCAACCCGCUCAGCCUAUCUCUCUAAACUCACACCGCAACUUCACCAUUCUGGUCUCUGAGCCCGACCAUGUGGAACACUCCAAACUAAUCAUAAAGAGAGAUGGCGUAGAAUGCAGCGGGAAAGUGUUCGACGUUCGUGACGGCAAGGGUGGUGACGUGUUCUUCGCAUCUCGGGAGGAGGUCCGCGUAUCCGCUGAAACUCUGUUAGUUGAUGGCACAGGCGGUUUAGCCGUGCGGAGUGCUGUCCAAACGCCACUUGUGAGAGCGCCGCCUGGCUCGGAUUUACAAUUAGAAUCUUUAACUAGACGACUAGACAUGAGGGCCCCGCAGUCAAUAUAUCUCGAAAGUAGAGCAGGUAGCAUUGAUAUAACAUCCCAUAGCAACAUUAAACUGGAUUCAGUCGUGGGAGCUAUUAAAAUCGAUGCACCAAAUAUAAUAAUAAACAAUUUAAAGGAAGCGAAAACAACUGAGACUUCACAGAAAAACUCAAUUGAAAAGAAAGUUUACCAGCUCUGCGCUUGCGCAUCUGGGAAAUUAUUUCUGGCAGCAUCUGAUGCUAUAUGUGCAGUGCAAGAUAACGACACCGAGUUAUGCCGAUGAAUAUGAUGCAAUUUAUUUAAAAAUGGAAAACUGUAUAUAGGAACGUUAUAAAUAAAACAUUUUUCUAUAAAAAGAGGCGAUUCUUCAACGAAAUAAAGUUCUUUAAAAUGUUUAUAGAAAACAGCUGAGCGCUGUCAAAGCGCAUGGAUGUUACUGUCUAAUUUCCAUCACCGAAUGAUGGCCACACGAUUUGUACUUGAUAGCAUACCUCACAAAUUAUUUAUAAGGAAUGAUAGAAAAGGCACAUGACGAAGAAAAUUGAAAAUAUAACUUUAUAAAUUCUUAAGAUAAGUAAAUAAUUAAAUAUUUUUUAUUAGACAAAAAUACACAAUUCAUUUUAUUAAUAAGAUAUUAUGGACCUAAUGGAAAAAUAUAUAGUACUCGUAUUUUGAUGAUUCGCACAAAGCACGAAUAAUGUAUUUAUUAGAUUACAAUGUAUGUCCCGUUACUAUAUUUAA